GUGUGACAUUCAAAAUCGGGACCGGAACGGGAAAUAAUGAUUGCCUUUCUAUCACUGUUAUUGCUUGCGAUUAAUGCGUUCGGAGCGCCUGACCCAAAACCCGGCUACGGAGAUCAAGUACCGUUGGUAUCAGAACAGCCUGUUGCCUUCAGUCAUGCUUCCCGAAUCGAUUAUCCUGCAAAGUCAGUUCCAGUAGCUGCCACUGCUGAAAAACAAGCAGUGGCUGCGCCUUCCCUUAAACACUACGGACUAAUUGGAAAUGGAUAUGGAUGGGGAGGCGGGAUUGGUGGUUAUGGUGCAGGAUAUGGAUUAGGUGGUGGCAAUGCACACGGCAUCGGGAUAGCACCUGGAUUUGGUGUAGUAAAAGGUUAUGGAGUUAAAGGUCAAGCAAUUGGAGGUGGUUUGAAUGGAUAUGGACAAGGAAUUGGAGGUGGUGUAGGUGGAUAUGGACAAGGGAUUGCAGGUGGUAUAGGUGGAUAUGGACAAGGAAUUGGAGCCGGUCUAGGUGGAUAUGGACAAGGAAUUGCAGGUGGUCUAGGUGGAUAUGGAGCAGGAUUUGGAAGUGGUCUAGGUGGAUAUGGAGCAGGAUUUGGAGGUGGAGUAGGUGGUUAUGGCGUUGGAUUAGGAAAAGGAGUUGGUGGAUACGGGCCGGCAUUAGCAGGUGGGAUUGGUGGAUAUGGACAAGGCUUAGGGGGUGGGAUUGGUGGAUUCGCCCCAGCAAUAGGAGGAUAUGCGCCAGGAAUAGGUGGUGCAGUUGGAGGAUUUGCGCCUGGAAUAGGAAGUGCGAAUGGAGGAUAUGGGCAAGGAAUUGGGGGAUACGGAAUAGGAGUAGGAGGCGGUUUAGGCGGAUAUGGGACUGGAAUAGGAGGUGGCCUGGGAGCACCAGGUUUGGGGGCAGGAUAUUUUAAAGGGUUUGGAUCAGUAAAUGAAGUUGGUGGAUUUGGUGCUGGAAAUGGUGGAUUUGGGGCCGGAAAUGGAGGAGUUGGGUUUGGUGGAGGCGUUGGCGGUUAUAACAUUGGCACUGGUAUUGGGGUAGGAAAAGGAUACGGUCACAAUGGAAUAAGUGGUGGUGGAUUGGGAGGAUAUGGGGCUGGUUUUGGUGGAUAUGGACUAGGAAACGGAAUUGGAGGAUACAAUAUCAAUACAGGCUUUGGAUUAGGAAAGGGAUACGGUUUGAGAGGUGGACACGGUGGCGGUUAUGGCGUUGGUGGUGCCGGAGGAGGACUUAUAGGUUAAAUUAAAUUGGACAAUUGUAGUAAAAAAUGAGUUUUCUCGUUCCUUUGUUGACUUCAUAAGUUAUUAUUAAUAUUAGCUCGCCAUACUUCAAACUAAAAU